AUGAAUAAAUCGUCCAUGACUGGCAGUGGAAUUUCUGACAAGGCUCAAAUCAUCAACAAUAAGGAAAUCUUGGAGUAGUUUGAGAAUGGAGGUAUGAUUCGAACAAUCGAAUAUAAUAGAAAAAAUUAUGUUGUCUACCUUGAUCAUAAAAGUUAAUUAGAACUAAAAGAAAUAGGAAAGGAUUUUCUUGAUUACCAAUAAAUAUGUAUACAACAUCAUUCCGAAAUCAGACAGCAGAAUUAUGCAGAUCUUUGGUAAUUGUUAUUUCUCUAUAUCAAUCAUAUAGGCAAAAUCAUGUCAAAUCAGAUCAAAAGAAAAAUCAGGUUGUCUGCUAUUCAAGCAGUAAGUGUUACAAGUCUUGGAGCAGAGUUUGUAAUUCAUGUUCCAAAUGAAUACGAUUAUCGCUUCUAAUCUGCUGAUUAUCGUAAAUAAAUAUUGGAAACCUUAUGUUAAUGUUUUUAGUUGGUUAAUUAAAGGAAAUUGCCAUUCUUCUUUAAAGAGGAUUUUACACUAGUAUCUGUAUGCACAACUGAGAAUGAUGUCAAAAAAGGCAUUAAAAGAUUCCCCACAGAAAAACCAAUAGAAUUGGAUGUCUCGGAGUUGAGAGAAUAUAGCAAUAGAAAGCCAUAAGAACAAUUAGUUUAUAAGCGUCCUGGUCUUCAGAAAUAAGUGAGCAGCAACAUGAUCUCAAUUGAAGAUUUUGAUCUUAUUAAAGUGUUGGGAAGAGGAGCAUUCGGAAAAGUUAUGAUGUGUGAGAAGAAAGAGACCAAGGAAUUGUUUGCCAUCAAAUCAUUACGUAAAGAACACAUCAUGGACAAGAAUUAAUUAGAGCAUACUAGAGCAGAAAGAAAAUUGUUGGAAGAAAUUGAUAAUCCAUUCUUAAUUUCUCUUGAAUAUGCCUUCCAAACACAAGAGAAGUUGUUUUUUGUCAUGAGAUUCAUGCGAGGAGGAGAAUUAUUCAAACAUCUCAGAGAUAAAAGAAGAUUCCCAGAAUCAACAGCUUAGUUUUAUGCUGCGUCUAUUUUAUUAGCAUUAGAAUACUUACAUAAAAUGCAAGUUGUUUAUAGAGAUUUAAAGCCUGAAAACAUUUUAAUGGAUGAAUUUGGUUAUAUCAAAAUGACUGAUUAUGGAUUGGCUAAAUUCUUGAAACCUGGAGAUUUCACCUAUUCAUUUGUUGGAACUCCUGAGUAUUUGGCUCCAGAAAUCAUUAGACAAAAUGGACAUGGUCUUGGUGUAGAUUGGUGGUCAUUUGGAAUCCUAAUUUAUGAAAUGGUAGUAGGAAGACCACCUUUUUUCUCGUAAAACUAAUCAUAAUUAUUUAAAUCCAUCGUUGAAUCCGAUGUUGUCUUCCCAUCUCAAUUGACUCUUAGUAUUCAAAUCAAAGAUCUCAUAACAUAACUAUUAACCAAAAACCCUUUUGAAAGAUUGGGACAUAAUGGAGAUGCAUAAUCAAUCAAAGAACACCCUUGGUUCAGAGACUACCCUUUUCAAGACUUGAUUGAUAAGAAACUUUAAGCUCCUAUUGUUCCAAAGUUGUAUGACAAGUUAGAUGUGCAGAAUUUCGAUUAAGAAUUCACUAGAGAAGAGGCAAUGAAUUCAAUAGUAAACAUGGAUCCUAAACUAAUAGAAAAGUUUAAAUAAGACUUUGGAGGUGUAACCUAUGUUCCAAAUAACAAUGGACUGAAUUGAAUUUAUGUUUAUUUUCAUAGUUAUUCGGAUUAAUUUUGUUUA